AUGGAAGAGAUCAUGAGAGAUCAUAAAAGGUCGAAGAAGGGGCUUCAACCACAAGGCCAAUGCCGACGGAGAGGGAUUGAAAACCCUUCAAAAGGGGGCGGUUCGGCGGAGAACGGUGGAGAUGAGGGUUUCGAUCCGGCGGCGCCGCCUCCGUUCAGGAUCUCCGACAUACGGGCCGCCAUUCCGGCGCAUUGCUGGGUGAAGAAUCCGUGGUGGUCCUGCUCGUACGUCGUUAAGGAUGUGGUCAUCGUCCUCGGGCUUCUCGCCGCCGCCGCGUACCUGGAUAAUUGGGCUUUUUGGCCCGUUUAUUGGUUUGCUCAGGGGACCAUGUUUUGGGCCUUGUUCGUUCUCGGCCAUGACUGUGGCCAUGGGAGUUUCUCUGACAGCACUACGCUGAAUAAUGUGAUGGGACACUUCCUCCAUUCUUCAAUUCUUGUACCUUUUCAUGGAUGGCGAAUCAGUCACAGGACACACCACCAGAACCACGGCCACGUCGAGAAUGACGAGUCAUGGGUUCCGUUGCCAGAGAAGAUAUAUAAGAAAUUGGGCUACUCCACCAAAUUCUUGAGAUACAAAGUCCCAUUCCCCUUGUUUGCCUACCCAAUAUAUUUGUGGUACAGAAGCCCAGGAAAGAGUGGAUCGCACUUCGACCCAAACAGCACUUUGUUUAAGCCGAGCGAGAGGAAAAUGGUGAUUACGUCGACCACGUGCUGGUUUGUCAUGCUCGGUUUUCUCUUGUGUGCUUCCUUCUUUGUGGGCCCACUUUUGGUCUUCAAGCUUUACGGAAUUCCCUACUUGAUAUUUGUGGCGUGGUUGGAUGCGGUUACAUAUCUGCACCAUCACGGUCACGAGAAGAAGCUACCCUGGUACCGCGGCGAGGAAUGGAGCUAUUUGAGGGGAGGGCUGACAACUGUGGAUCGAGAUUAUGGGUUGUUUAAUAAAAUUCAUCAUGACAUUGGGACCCACGUCAUUCACCACCUCUUCCCUCAGAUUCCGCACUACCACUUGGUGGAGGCGGUGAGCCCCUCUCUCUCUCUCUCUCUCCUCUUUCUCUCUCUAAAACUCUAUUCACGUGAUCUUUAUUAAUUUAUUUAUUAUAAUAAUACAGCUCUAUUUUCGAGAUCAGUAUAGUAUAGUAGUUACA